CCUGCUCGGCCCGGGACCGUUCUCCUCGAGCUGAUUGUCACGCACAGCGGUUCGACUGUGAGAGCAUCCGCACUGAGAGUUAUGCUGCACGAGCUUUCACAAUAAACACAAACAAGCUGAAGGCAACAAUGUGGAUUUUACACUGGGCCGUGAUUUUGGCUUUGGGUCCAGCUGUCCUGGCACAGCUUCUUCCUGAGGCCAACAAUAUGUGUUCAGAGGGAAGCUGUUACCCUGCCACAGGUGACCUGCUGAUCGGCAGAGCUCAUCGCCUUACAGCCUCAUCCACCUGUGGGCUCCACUCUCCUGAACGUUUCUGCAGCCUAGAGGCUGAGAAGUGUUUCGAGUGUGACUCUCGAGAACUCUACAACGAGGUCACACACCCCAACAGCCACACCAUCGACAAUGUGGUCACAACCUUUACUCCCAACCGUCUCGUAACAUGGUGGCAGUCUGCGAACGGAGUGGAGAAUGUGACCAUUCAACUGGACCUAGAAGCUGAAUUUCACUUCACACAUAUCAUCAUGACCUUUAAGACAUUUCGACCUGCUGCCAUGGUGAUUGAGCGGUCAUCAGAUUACGGCCAGACCUGGCAGGUGUACCGUUACUUUGCGUUCAAAUGCUCCACUUCAUUUCCACACGUAUCCCAGGGACCAGUGAAGAGUGUUGAUGAUGUCAUCUGUGACUCCCGAUACUCUAAUAUUGAGCCUUCGACUGAGGGAGAGGUGAUUUUCCGAGCGCUUGAUCCGAAAUUUAAGAUUCCUGAUCCCUACAGCCAACGAAUUAAGAACCUCUUGAAGAUAACUAACCUGCGAGUGCGGAUGGUGAAGUUACACACUCUGGGUGAUAAUCUACUGGAUGGCCGAGAUGAGGUAAAGCAGAAGUACUACUAUGCUCUUUACGACAUGGUAGUCCGCGGCAGCUGCUUCUGUUAUGGCCACGCCUCUCAGUGUGCACCAGUGGAUAACAGUGAGGGGGGGCCUGAAGGGAUGGUGCAUGGUCUUUGUGUGUGUAAUCAUCACACCACUGGAUUAAACUGUGAAAAGUGUCAAGACUUCUAUCAAGAUACACCUUGGAGACCCGCAGAGGGCCGAAACGCCAAUCCGUGCAAGAGGUGUGAGUGUAACCAGCAUGCACACUCGUGUCACUUCGACAUGGCCGUGUAUGUGUCGUCGGGGAACAGGAGCGGAGGGGUGUGUGAUAAUUGUCAGCACAACACACAGGGGCAGCACUGUGAAAGUUGCAAGCCCUUCUACUACCUGCAUCCUAACAGGGACAUAAGAGACCCUAACAUCUGUGAACCGUGUGACUGUGACUUACGGGGCUCGCUGAACGGCGGUGUGUGUGACAGCAUGACAGACGUGAUGAGGGGAUUGAUCGCUGGUCAGUGUCGCUGUAAGCAGAAUGUAGAGGGAGAACGCUGUGAUCACUGCAAACAAGGACACUACGGACUCGGACAAGACCCGCUAGGCUGCCUCCCAUGCAGCUGUAAUCCUCUGGGCACUCUUCCUGGAGGAAGGCCCUGUGACACACAUACAGGAAUGUGUUAUUGCAAACGCCUGGUGACCGGCAGAAACUGUGACCAGUGUCAGCCGCAACACUGGGGCCUGAGCACAGAUAAGGAUGGCUGUCGGCCAUGUGACUGCGAUCUUGGAGGAGCUCUGAACAACGACUGUUCUCCACACACAGGACAGUGUGUGUGUAGAGAGCACAUGUUUGGCAGGCGCUGUGACAACAUAAAGCCUGGUUAUUAUUUCACUGCACUCGACCACUACACUUACGAGGCAGAGGAAGCAAAAUUCGAACCGGCAGUCACCGUGGUGGCGAGGCCUCUGCCCGCAGAUCGGCCCCCGACCUGGACUGGUAUUGGGUUCGCCAGCGUACCUGAAGGAGAAACACUGGAGUUUACCAUUGACAACAUCCCACAGUCUAUGGAAUAUGAAUUGUUAAUCCGCUAUGAACCUCAGUUGCCAGAUGUGUGGGAGCAAGUGAGGGUACAUGUGGAACGUACUGGUUAUCCUUCCCCAUCUGUACACUGUUCAACUCCUUACGCUGACCAACAGAUUGUCUCACUUCCUCCAGGCUCCAGGUAUGUGGUACUGGCCAGGCCACUGUGUUUGGAAAAGGGUCAGAAAUACACAGUGAUAAUGAACCUAGCGCUAUUUUCAUCACAUGAUCCUCAUCAUGAGCCACACAUACUGAUUGACUCUAUUGUGCUGUUGCCUGUGGUGCGAGAUCUGGAGCUGUUCUCAGGGGCAGGUGAUGGAGAGGAAGCGUGGGAAAUGUUUCAGAAAUACCGCUGUCUCGAGAACAGUAAGAGUGUCCAGAAAUUACCCAUGACCAACAUCUGCAGAGAAUACAUCUUCAGCGCAUCAGCCCUGCUGCACCAGGGAGCUAUGGAAUGUGAGUGUGACCCACUAGGCUCUCUCAGUACAGUGUGUGAUCCUAAUGGUGGCCAGUGCCCAUGCAGACCAAAUGUGGUGGGCAGGAAGUGUGGCAGCUGUGCCCCGGGUACCCUCCAACUCGGACCCUCUGGCUGCAGGUCAUGUGAGUGUGACCCGUUAGGCUCCAAGAACGCUUUCUGCAAUGCGACCACAGGCCAGUGCUUGUGUUUACCUGGUGUUUACGGACGUCAGUGUGCUCACUGUCUGCCUGGACACUGGGGCUUCCCACAGUGCCAGCCCUGCUUCUGUAAUGGGCACGGAGAUCACUGUCACCCUCGCACAGGCCAGUGCUUGGACUGUAAAGACCACACCACAGGAGACCAGUGUGAGAGGUGUGAGAAAGGUUACCAUGGCAACGCAUUACUAGGCAGCAGCGACCGCUGUCGACCCUGUAUGUGUCCAGAAGGCCCAGGGAGUGGAAGACAGUUUGCAGAUACCUGUUACCAAAACCCCAACUCACUCCAGCUCUUCUGUGUGUGCAGCCAAGGAUACAAAGGACCAAGGUGUGAGGAAUGUGCAUCUGGUUACUAUGGCAACCCGCAGGUGUCAGGUGGACGGUGCCACCCAUGCCGGUGUAACGGCAACAUUGACAUGCAUGACCCGAUGUCCUGUGAUGCCCGCACAGGCACCUGCCUCAGAUGCCUGCACAACACUGUGGGUCAGGCGUGUGAGCACUGUCUCCAUGGCUACUACGGAGAUGCGAGCACACAGAACUGCCAGAAGUGUAUGUGCCAGCUUUUAGGCACUGACACUGGCAGAUGUGUAGAUGGUGAGUGUGAGUGUAACCAGGUGAGUGGGCAGUGCCCGUGCCUACCCAAUGUAGAAGGUCAGUACUGUGACCGCUGUGCUGCCAACACCUGGAACUUCCACAGUGGAAAAGGCUGCCAGCCGUGCCAGUGUCACCCCACACACUCUUACAGCCUGUCCUGCGAUAGGGUAUCUGGUCAGUGCUCCUGUAUGCCAGGUUUUGGUGGCAGGACCUGUGAUGAGUGUAGAGCUCUGUUCUGGGGUGCUCCAGAGGUCCAGUGUCAUGCAUGUGACUGUGACCCCCGAGGUAUCUCUACACAACAGUGUAACAAGUCAACAGGAGCGUGUGUAUGUGUCGAGGGCGUUACCGGUCAGCGGUGUGACUCCUGUGGGCGGGGCUAUGUGGGAACUUUCCCAGACUGCCAGCCGUGCCAUCAGUGCUUCCAUAAAUGGGAUGUCACCGUUCGUGAGCUGACCAAUCAGACCCAGCAGUUGGUGGACACUGUGGAAAACCUGAAAGUGACGGGUGUGACAGCAGCCUAUAAGGACACGACAGACAAUAUGGAGGAUGGAGUCAAGAAGCUCACUCAGAUUUUAGAGGAUGACAAAACUCAGCAAACUCUUAGAUACUCUCAAGAGCUUCUGCAGCAGUCCAAGAAGAUUGCGUCUGAUCUGGAUCGCUCCCUGAACCGCUCAGAGGUGGAUGUAGAGCAGAUCUCUGAGGAACAUAACAGGGUCGAAGUAGAGCUCAACUCACUCAGUCUGGAGACUCAGAAACAGCAAGAAAGCAUUAAUAACACACAGCAGCAGGUGCUGCGCAUCAAACACUCAGACCCAGUCGGCGCAGUAGACAGCAUCAGGGAAUAUUACCAGCAGUCAGUGGAGGCAGAAAGGCAAGUCAACAGAGCCACUAAGGAUGCACACAACCCAGUGGAGCAGUCAGCUGGUCUACGGCAAGCCACAGAGGCCAAAAUCAAUGCUGUGGAGGGAGAGUUUGAUCUCCGACAACGGCUGGACACUGAGAUACUGAAAACACUGAACCAGGAGCUGGGGCAAAAGGACCUUUCACAACUUAGCCAGCAGGUGUGUGGUGGAGAGAUGAGUGGAGACAGCUGUGGAGAAUGUGGAGGUUUGGGGUGUGUGGGUGAAGACGGAGAGCCUCAGUGUGGAGGACAGGAGUGUAAAGGUGUGAUUCCUCAAACCAACAACGUGUGGAAAAAAGCUAAAGACCUGGACAGGGAUAUCAUGGACUCGCUAAGAGAAGUGGAAAAGCUCCAGAGGAUGGUUUCCGCUGCUCAAGGACGUGCGGAUGAGAGUAAAGUCAGCGCACAGGACAUCAUGUUGAAGACCAAUCAGAGCAAAUCAAGAAUUGAGCAGACCAAUCAGGAGCUACGAGAGCUCAUUCAGCAAAUACGAGACUUUCUUACAAAUGGAACAGACCUGGAGCGGAUUGAAGCUCUAUCUGAUGAAGUUUUGAAGUUAAAGAUGCCAGUGGUUGCUGGAGAGUUGAAGAAUGUGACCACAGAGAUCCGGCAGCAUGUGGCCAGUCUGACCGGGGUGGACGACGUCCUGGCUCAAAGUGCUGAACAAGCUGAAACAGCCGAGAGACUGCUGCAACAGGCACGCGCUAUCGGUGAGGACACUACACACCUGAGAAAGGAAGUGGACAAGGUGAUGGCGGCGCUAAAUGAAUCCGCGCACGCUCAAUCUGAGGCAGACGACAACUUGAAAGCAGCUAAGAGUGACCUUGAUUAUACAAAGCAACAAAUAGCCACUGUGGAAUCAGAGACAGCUUCAUCAGAGUUUAUGCUCAGUAACGCCACUCAGCGGUUGCUGGAGCUCAAGACAAAUGUGGAUGAGGUGCGACAGAAAACACAGGAAAUGUCGAACAACGCAGAAGUUGCUGAAAGCAAAGCCGAAUACUCCUCUGAGGACACAGAGCAAACCAAACGGACACUGGAUUUAGAGGUGCAGCCUAAGUACCAGUCAGCUCUUGGACUGUUAGAGGAGAAAGGAGUGGGUGUGUCUGAUGCACGGCAAAGAGCAGAACAACUGCAGCAAGAGGCAAAAGAUUUAAUGACUGACGCUCUCAACAAAUUACAGAAUUUAAAUGAGCUGGAGCGGUUAUUCUCCGUGAAUCAGAAGACUCUGGUGGAGAAAGCACAGGAGGUGGAGGAGCUGGAGAAAGAAGCAGAGGCCAUGCUACAGACGCUCAGUCAGAGAGUCACAGUUUACAGCAUCUGUCAGUAGAAACUCUCCCAAAAGUCAUUCAUUUAUAAACACCACGUUAUAUUCCUUCUAACACUGAAUUACUUUAACCACACCCCUGCCCUCUCUAAAAAUGACCUAUAUGUUGUUUUGACAGUAACAUUAAACUUAAGUUAGUAAUGACUCUGAUGACAAGCUUUGCAGUUUUCUGCAUGACGCGACUGAGAUUCUGGGAGAAACAGCUGCUGUGGUGCCGACACACAAACACACACACACACACACACACACACACACAAAAGCACUCUUCCCCGUCUGCUAAGCCACUAUAUGGUCAAAAAUUCCCAUAAACACACUACUAAACCUUGUGGAAAGCCUUCCCAGAAGAGCUGAAGCUGUUAUAGCUGUAAAGGGCGGGCCAACUCCAUAUUACAUUCAUCUGCAUGUAAAGGUAGCCGUCCCAAAACGUUUGGCAAUAUAGUUUAUAUACAGUGCCUUGCAAAAAUAUUCAGACCCCUGAACAAUUCUCUCAUUGACAUUAAAUUACACUGAUACUGAAUUACAAAUUUCAUACUUAGAACUUCCCACGCCUCAAGAAGCAGCAUCUGUAUAAUGAAGCAUGGUGGUGGUAGCACCAUGCAGUGCCAAUGCUUCUCAUCAGCAGGGAUUGGGGCAUUUUGUUAGAAUUGCAGGAAGAAUGGAUGGAGCAAAAUAUAGGGGGGAAAAAACACAAAAGAACCUGUUUUAGUCUGUGACCAAAAAAUAAAGCUUUCAGCAGGACAAUGAUCCCAAGCACAAGGCCACAGCAACAUUGGAAAGGCAUGUCCUACAAUGGCCCAGUAAAAGUCCUGAUCUCAAUCCCAUUGAGACUCUGUGGCACGAUUCUAAAAAAUCUGCCAAGAAGAAUGGGCCAAAAUCGCUCCAACACAAAGAGAGAGCAAAGACUUAAAGCUGUUAUUGCAGCAAAAGGUGACUCUACUAAAUACUACUGUGUUGAAAACAUAUGCAAGCAAUUUCUUUUUCUUUUUUUUGUAUAAAAAUAUUUCUCGACAUAAAUGUCACCAUACAAUAAAUGAUUUUGUUUCGGUCUUUAAGAAUAAAAAUAUCAAACAGAAUGUAAUUUAAGUGUACCAUUUGUAAUUCAGUAAUAUGAGAGAAGGGGUCAGGGGUCUGAAUAAUUUUGCAAGACACUGUAGACAAACCGAAAAGGACAAAUAAUCAGCAGUUAUUUUGUGGUACGAAUGAUGAACAUCAGACAUGGUUCAUUUAAAAAUAUUAAUGAAAUCAAUUCACUUUGGUGUUCAUUUAUAAGAAAAUUGUUUUUUAUUUCCUGUGCCUUUUACCAAAUCCAUUUUAUUGUUAUUUUCAUCCCUGAUAUAUUUGGCACAUUUGAUUGCUGAGCAUUUUGGCAAUCAUUAUCUGAUUUAUUCACAAUUGUGAAUAUAAGCUAUAGUAAUUAAAGCUGAAAUAUUUAACAUUUUUACCAGAGAAGGGAGAAAUUCCCAACAGUUAUAUAUAAUAGCAAGUCGAUAAACAUUUUAAUAUUUGGGUAAUGUAGUAAUUUGUCAUGGUGCAAAAUCAGUGUAGGUUUUUUUUUCCCAUUAUUGGCUUAACCAUAGCACUUAAUUUUAAUAGUAUUAUUUUUUUACAUGUAUGCGCCCAAAACAAAGCUGCCAAAUGACGUAAAUAUAUAAAACAUUUGUUUUUAGAAAAACUAAAUACAUUCUUACAUAGAUGACCCACACAAGCUACUAACUGCCCACCAUUUAAUACAUUAACAAUGUCUAACAAAUAGUCCAGUACUUCAAAGGGCACUGAAAAAUUGUGUAAUUUUAUAUGUUCUAUAUCUAGAAUUAUAUUUUACAGGCAUGUGAGUCCAAAUGUUUAUGUUUUUUUGUAUUCAGAAAAUGUCUCUACAAGGUGAAAUACUUCAAAUGUGCAUUCAGCAGUAGACUAUAAAAGAGAAACAAACAGUGUAGUAGCUUUAACUACAGUUUCCUGCUGUAUCACACCCACACCAGCUGACUGUCUCCUGCUUUAUAACUGUGUGUGCAACUGAUAACUGACAUUUUUACAAAUAAAUGUCUCCAAUAUUUACAAAAUCUUCAGGAAAACAAAAUAUGACCACUGGAACAGAUUUUAAAGAUGAGCUUGUCUGAAUUUUUACUGUCCUUACUAUUAAAACAGAAAUUAUAAUUGGA